AUGGACUCUUUCCAACUCAAUUCCAAUUCUGAUUCCAUCAAAGACAUCUUCGACUCUUCACUAAACCUAGAAGAAACACACUACAAGGAAGGCUACACAGAGGGCUAUAAUGACGGAUUAUCCUCGGGAAAAGAUGAGGGUCGUCAAGUGGGUCUCAAAACAGGUUUCCAAGUUGGCGAAGAACUAGGGUUUUACAGAGGUUGUAUUGAUAUAUGGAACUCUGCAAUCCGAGUCGACCCGACUUGUUUCUCCUCCAGGGUUCAGAAAAGCAUUAAGCAGAUGGAUGAGUUGGUGGAAAAGUACCCGAAAUUGGAGCCAGAAAAUGAGUCUGUGACUAAUAUUAUGGACUCCUUGAGGUUAAAGUUUAGGGCUAUUUGUGCUACUAUGAAUGUGAAGUUAGAGUAUGAUGGUUAUCCAAAGCCUUCAGAUAAUUCUUUUGGGUUUUGUCAUCUGUAUGAUCGUGCCCCGACUCUACAAACCCCUGCAGCAAUUCGAGGAUUUCAGACUGGUUAUGCUGAGCAAUUUGACUACUUCACAUCGGGUUAUGUCCUCAUCGAUGUGGAUGGAUUCAGCGACGAGUUCUUGAAGACUGGUUAUGCUGAGCAAUUUGACUACUUCACAUCGGGUUAUGUCCUCAUCGAUGUGGAUGGAUUCAGCGACGCGUUCUUGAAGCCAAGGCAAAGCACGUCCUUCAGAAGCAAAUAUGCUCCAUAUCCUUUAAGCUUGUGGGCUCUAGUGGAUGAGGCUUCUACUGAUGCAAUGUUUGGUCGCUAG